AUGACGAAUAUCACCCUGAAAGAGAGCGUAACUGUGGAGGCCAAACCGAAUCCUACAAGGCUUACGUUUCUCGCAUCGCUAAUAUUCAUCGCAACUCUUUUUACUCCGAUAACUGGCAACACCUUACCAUCAUCAUCACCAUCGUCGUCACAGCCGUGGAACAUCCUAUCCGGCGAUAACCUCGCCGGGAAACUAACAACCGACGCCUCCGCCGUCGAGUCCGUCGCUAUGGACUUCGGCGGCACCACCAAGAUAUUCCCCGCCGCCGUACUCAACCCUUCCUCCGCCGCCGACAUCGCGGCGCUCGUGAAAAGCUCAUACGACUCUCCGGUGCCUUUCUCAAUCGCGGCUCGAGAUAAUCUAGCGGCGGCCGACGGCGGUGUCGUCGUCAACAUGCGGCCGUUGAGGAGAGAACUCCGACGGGGAGACGGAUUCCACCUACGGAUCUCGCCGGAGGGAUCUUACGCCGACGUGGGCGGCGAGUGGCUUUGGAUCGAGGUGUUGAACGCCACGUUGGAGUUUGGGUGGUCGCCGGUUUCUUGGACAGAUUAUUUGUAUUUGACGGUCGGAGGGACGUUAUCCAGCGGUGGGAUAAGUGGGCAAUCGUUUCGGCACGGUCCACAGAUCAGCAAUGUUGUCGAAAUGGAUGUCAUAACCGGAAAGGGAGAGACGGUGACAUGUUCCAAAGACAGGAACUCAGAUCUGUUCUAUGCCGUGUUGGGAGGUUUGGGUCAGUUUGGUAUCAUAACAAGAGCCAGAAUCCAUCUGCGUCCGGCUCCUAAGAGAGUGAAAUGGCUGAGAUUUCUGUACAACGAUUUCUCCAAAUUCACGAGAGAUCAAGAAAGUUUGAUAUCAGAAACCAACGGCCCCGAUUUCUUGGAAGGAUUGCUCAUGACGCACCACGGCUCGCCGGAUAACUGGAGAUCGACGUAUUUUCCACCGUCCGAUCACUCGAGGAUCAUCUCAAUGGUCAAGAGACACCGUGUCAUCUAUUGCCUCGAAGUCGUCAAAUACUACGACCAAACCUCUCAACACACCAUCGACGAGGAGAUAGAAGAGUUGACGGAGGGUUUGAAGUAUGUGAGAGGGUACAUGUACGAGAAAGAUGUAACGUAUACGGAGUUCUUGAACCGGGUUCGGUCGGGAGAGUUGAGAUUGAGAUCGGAAGGACAAUGGGACAAUCCUCAUCCUUGGCUUAACCUUUUCGUACCCAAAUCUCACAUUUCUCGUUUCGAUCUUCGAGUUUUUAGGGACAUCGUCCUUAGAAAUAAUAUCACCACCGGUCCGGUCCUCGUUUAUCCCAUGAACAGGAACAAAUGGAACGAUAAGAUGUCAACGGUCGUACCGGAAGAAGAUAUAUUCUACACAAUCGGGUUUCUACAUUCCGCACGAGACGACGAUUUGGGAGCGUACGAAGAGCAGAAUAUGGAGAUAUUGGAAUCGUGUGAGGAUGACGGGAUCAAAGCCAUUCAGUAUCUGCCACAUCACGCGUCGUCGGAGGGGUGGAGUCGUCAUUUUGGACCGAAGUGGAGUGUUUUCAUCGAGAGAAAAAACAGAUAUGAUCCGAGGAUGAUAUUAUCUCCGGGACACAACAUAUUUCUGCGAAAUUCAAGUUAGACUAUAUAUAUAUCAAUGCAUUCACUAGCUUAAUUGACGACAUCUUGCGUCGGGUUCGAGCGUUAUGAUAUUUUGUUCACGUGAUUAAAUUUCAUGACUUGACAAACAAAUAAAUUAUCUAUCACGGCUA